AUGGAGGUGAACGAGUGCAAUUACGAGGCGCUCAGUCUCGAUCAAGCCUGCGCUGUUUUCGAAAAUGGGAAGAGUAAUUUUCAUCUGUGGAUUUAUUCGGUUAUCAGUGACUGCAUUUCGUGUCCCUUCUCGAAAAUUUGUAGAGUUGACAGUCAGCGGAGUGCGAGUUUUGUAUUCAACAGUGCGAAAAUACAUACUUGGAGGAUUUUCUAUGGGGAUGAUCUGGGGGAUUAUAAGUUUCCUAAUGAUACUAGAGACCUAAUUUGUGAACUGAAACCACGACUGGGGCAGUAUGGGCUGUACAAAGUCACGGUGGAGGAUUCUGGCUGUGAGAUUGAUACAAUCAGACAGCCGACAAACCCGUAUACACCUGUUCUCGUUAUCUUCGCUCUGCUUCUGUGCACCCUCCUCCUCCUGUCCUCCGGGAGAAUUCUCACGAGGCACUUCAGGAGGAGGAAACCAGGAAAUUCGAGUGCUGCGGAAUCCACUGAGGAGAGGCCGACAGCCAAACGGCGGGUUCAAUCCAUCGAUACGUUCAGAGGAAUGAGCAUCUUGAUGAUGAUCUUUGUGAACAAUGGAGCUGGAGAUUACGCAGUCCUCGAGCACAAGACGUGGGACGGUCUCUUCAUGGGGGACCUGGUAUUCCCCAGCUUCAUCUGGAUCAUGGGCGUCUGCAUUCCCAUCGCCCUGACAUCGCAAUUGUCCCGCGGAGUUGCUCGCUGGAGAAUUUGCGGGAACAUCAUCAAACGGGGUUUUUUACUGUUCUUUAUUGGAGUGUGUUUGAACACCAUUGGAACGAAUGCUCAGUUGGAGAAGAUCAGGGUCUUUGGAGUACUCCAGAGGUUCGGGGUGGCUUAUCUAGUUGUUGGGAUUAUUUAUGUCCUCUUGAGUCGGAGGCAGUCUCCAAAGUGUCAGCAUGGAAUAUUGGCAAAGACGGAGGAUUGCUUGUCGUUACUGCCACAGUGGAUUGUUAUUUUGAGUAUUGUUGCUGCUCAUUGUGGUAUCACGUUCUGGUUGAAGGUUCCUGGAUGUCCCACAGGAUAUCUCGGUCCAGGUGGCAAUCACAGAUAUGGGGAGUAUUUUAACUGCACUGGUGGAGCAGCUGGAUACAUCGAUAAACUAAUACUAGGAAUCGAUCAUAUAUAUCAGCACCCAACGAUCGAUAGCGUUUACGGAUCCGGGCCGUUCGAUCCCGAGGGUAUUCUCGGCUGCCUCACGACUAUUUUCCAGACGUUCCUGGGAGUCCAGGCUGGGAAAAUUCUGAGGGUCCAUAAGAACUGGAAGAGUCGGAUCGUCCGAUGGAUGAUUUUGUCUCUCAUUUACGGGGUAAUCGGCUCUGUUCUGCAUUUCAGAAACGUCAUUCCGGUCAAUAAGAACUUGUGGUCAGUUUCCUUCGUAUUAUUAACAACUAGCUUCGCUCUAGCACUUUUAACUGCCUGUUAUUUACUGGUUGACGUCGCUCGUGUGUGGAAUGGUGGACCAUUUAGAAUUCCAGGCAUGAACGCCCUCAUCAUGUAUAUAGGUCACCAAAUGUGUUACCAAAUAUUCCCGUUCCAUUGGAGAUACGGUGCUAUGAAUACCCACUACUGGAGAACAAUCGCAGGCCUCUGGGAGGUCAGUUUAUGGGCCAUCAUAGCUUACAUUAUGCACCGCAAACGAAUAUAUAUCAGUCUCUAG